ACGCAUCGCUGCGAGUGGAGUUGAAUUCUGUUUCAUUUGAUUUACUCGACUUCCGUAUGCCAUGGCAAUAACCGAAUCAAUGGAUUCUCCGUCUUCCCCUUCUCCGACCGCCUCCAAUUUCAGUGGCGGCCAACAACAGCGUCACUUCUAUCUUGCCGUCGACCGACUUCAGUUCAAGAUGGAGAUGCUGGUAGAUUUGCUAGGUGUAGCCGGCCGCCGUUCUGGAAUUCCAAUGGCGGUUUGCUGCAGCUCGAGGGACGAACUCGAUGCUGUGUGCUCUGCAGUCUCCAACCUCCCUGACAUCUCUCUUGCGUCUCUGUACAGCGACCUAGCCGAGUCAGAAAGAACCCUAGUCUUGGAGACAUUUAGGCAAGCGACCAUCAAAUGGGCUGAGAGUGCUAUGACUAGUGUUCAGUUCGGGGACGAUGGUGAGAAUCAGAUCAAUGAGAACAAGUCUCAGAUGAUAGUUGUAACGGAUGCUUGCCUUCCGGGAGUUCUCAGUGGCGAAUCAUCUAUCGCUGCUCGUAUCCUGAUCAACUACGAGCUACCAACAAAGAAGGAAAUGUACAUGAGACGAGUGAGCACAUGUCUAGCUGCAGAUGGGAUUGUUAUCAACGUGGUUGCCGGUGGGGAAGUUGUGACCUUGAAGAAUGUCGAGGAAAGUUGUGGCCUUCUCAUUGCUGAGAUGCCUAUAAAUGUUUCUGAGAUACUGUGAGUAUGCAAUUUUCAUCUUCAACGAGGGAGAGUAAGCAGUAGCAACAUCGACAAGAGGAUUUUGAACUGCUGGAUUCCUUCCGACAGUUGAAGGAAGAAGAGAACGCAAGCUCCUCUUCCCUUCAUUUAUAUUCGCAUGAGCAGUUAGUAGUUGCAAAAGCUGCUUCAAACUUUAAUCAGCUAAACUCGUAGUUAGGGUGGUCUUUCAGGCGCACUAGUUAAGCACGUUCAGCCUCUGGCAUGGACAUACCUGCUGUUCCGUGAAUUCUGGCUCAUAAUUUAUUGUUAAGCACGUAAUAAUCUUGCGACAAACCUAUUUCAAGAAUAGCCGAGUCGUUCCCAUAAUCCCAUCAGUGGUCCCUAAAGUUCCAAUUGGCAAUGAAUCAGACUCCAAAAUAUGUAAACAAAUAGUGCUCAUUAUAAAGGUGUGAUCUAGGGAUUUCAGAAAUGAUGUAAUUUGACUUAAUUGCCUCUCUGUCUAUUCAAAUUGAUGCGAGACAAAGCAAUUCAAAUUGCAUCAACUCAAUUGCUGCCUGCAUCACCUUUUCUAUGUUGGCAAACAAGGCAAUUGCGCAUGUUAUCUCGUGCAAUUCCAUAAUCCAAUUUGAACCAAUUGCUUUAAUUCAAGACCCAUCUUGGAGUUUUGACUGCAACAUUUCUACAUGGUACAUGGGAUGUUGAGGACGAGGAGGGUUCAAGACAGUAGAGUCGUGAAACAAAUACUUCAAUCGUUAUGUAAUCAGUCCAUGGCUCCAGUUCAUGUCUUUCCAAAUAUGCUUUCCAGUAUCUAAUCUGAUGUACAAGACCUCAGAGGAAAGAAUAGGCAUAGUAACUGUUACACGUUACAACAACACCUGGAAUGAUACUCUUCAAUUGGUUAAGGAACUGCUUCAGGUUACCAGAAUUAAUAAUAUCAUUCAUCUUUGCCUUUGCUUUUGCCUUCCGAAACUUUUGACCCGUCGUACGCAGAGAGGAAGAACGUGCUCUGAUUCUUCUGAAGAAACCUGUUACCACCGAUCAAAUGCAAUACAUUACAGAAGGAAAGAUUUAGCACAAGAAUACAAGAUGAUACUGUCCAUGAUCCUCGCGUUGUUGGCUUUCGGCUUUCCACAUAUAUAACUGUUUAAAACUUUAGAUGGAAGAAGGCUUCUAGAAUGGGGUGACCUAAAAUUUGAUUUGCAUUUCACGCCAAGUGGUCGGUACCCAGAUUAUUCAACGAUCAGCUAUUUAGCGAAUCAGCAUGGGAAAAGUCGGCUUACUUGAGGAAAUCUAGUAAUUUCUGCUGCAAGCGAGUCAGUGUCUCCACUUCAAUAUUAACAUAUGCCAGCAACUCAGGUAGCUUGACUGCAGAUAGGGAAAAAUUUAUGUAAAUGACACGACUGCCACAACAAAGAAGCAGAAUACAUGCUCUACCAAACACAAAAUUAAGCAUAUGUACGACACACGAGUUACAUCUUAAAGCUUAUGGAUAUGCUACAGUGUGAAAAAUGGUUUAAGGGGGAAUUGUGUUCAUGACCAGUAAAGAUAGAUGAACCUUGUCUGCUUACGUCAAUUCACAGCUCCAAUAUGUGUAGAUAUAAAGAAAGGAGAUACGAUUUUCUUCAAUCAGGCUAAUGGAGAGACGCAAACUAAGAAUCAAAGUUCCAAAGUGCAUACCAAAUAGACGCAAUAAAUGUUCAGCACCAUAUAUUGUUGACGGAGAGACGUCUUCUUUGAUAACAUCUUGAUACUGUUGGCGCUCCCUUUUGUAUAGGAGCAUCACUGGCAAUGCUUUGUCAAAGUAACAUCGUAUCCCUUUUAAAACUUCUCCUAUAGAAUCAGUCAUUCUGGAUUUCAAUAACACCAAAAGAAGUAA